AUUCUCUCAUCUCUUUAAGUACUUAAACAUGUAAGGACAACCAUAAUUUAACAACUAAAGGGCUCCAGUUCCACACGUGUGUUUAGACGUUUCCGCACGUGCAAGGGGGUUGAAGCGAAGUAAAUUCAAUCUUUGAAGACGAAGAAAAUAAGCGCCAGUGGCCCUAAUCACUCACUCUCUGUGUCUCUUCACCUUCGCAGGGUCCAUUUCCCCUGUUUCUGGCUAGAUACAAGAAGCUUGUCUGAAAGAAUCUUUGAUUGGUCCUUCUUUAGUUUGGGAUCGGCUUCUUAGCUUGUUACUCUCCUCCUUUGGAUUUGAGUGUAGCGUUUCUAUUUGUCGACUUAUCCCCCGUUUGAGGAAAUGUCAGGAUGUGCAAUGAAUUUUCAGCUCUCCAGUUUUGUUAAAUUUCGUAAUGACAUCUCCUCGUUGAGGAUUUGUAAUCGAGACUUUGUGUUUGGAGACUUGGUUAAGGAAAUGAAAGUACCUGUUUUGCGGAUUAAGGGUACGCAAAGAUCGAGGCUUUUGGUGGUUAACAUGUCUCAGUCUCCCGUUGAGCCGCAAUCUAUAACAGAAGUAGAAAGUGAUGUCAAUUUAUGGAAAGGCGACAACGUAAGAAACUUGGGAGCUGAUGAAAUGGAGAAGUUUGAAAGUGGUGGUAAUGUUGGAAAUGGAUUUAACGGUGGUGAUGGUAAUGGUGGAGGAGGAGAUGGAGAUGGAGAUGGAAAUGGAAAUGGAAAUGGAGAUGAUGGCGAAGAAGACUAUGAAGAAAAGGAGUUUGGACCCGUUUUGAAAUUUGAAGAGGUUAUGAGAGAGACGGAAGCUAGAGGAGCCACGCUUCCAUCUGAUAUGUUGGAGGCUGCUAAGACCUUUGGCAUCCGCAAGUUGCUUCUCCUUAGGUACUUGGAUUUGCAGAGCUCACCUGGGCUGCUUGGGUUUGCUAUAAGAUCAUGGUCUAUGCUUCGCAACAGAAUGUUGGCUGAUCCAUCUUUCCUCUUCAAAAUAGGAACUGAGAUAGUCAUAGAUUCUUGUUGUGCCACUGUUGCUGAAGUUCAAAAGAGAGGGAAAGACUUCUGGGCAGAGUUUGAGUUGUAUGUUGCUGAUCUUCUUGUUGGAGUUGUGGUUAACGUUGCUCUUGUCGGUAUGUUGGCCCCUUUUGUCCGUUUUGGUCAACCAUCAGCAUCUACUGGCUCCUUAGGACGCAUGCUUAAUGCUUAUAACGCGCUUCCAAGCAGCGUGUUUGAAGCUGAAAGACCAGGGUGUAGCUUUUCAGCUCAACAAAGACUCGCUACAUACUUCUACAAGGGUAUAAUGUAUGGUGCGGUUGGGUUUGGAUGUGGCAUUGUAGGCCAAGGCAUUGCUAAUCUGAUAAUGACUGCUAAACGAAGCAUAAACAAGUCGGAAGAAGACAUUCCAGUACCACCACUCAUCAAGAGUGCAGCUCUCUGGGGUGUGUUCCUGAGUGUUUCUUCGAAUACACGUUAUCAGAUCAUCAAUGGUUUAGAGAGAGUGGUUGAAGCAUCUCCUUUCGCCAAGAAAGUGCCUCCUGCGGCUUUAGCCUUUACCGUUGGUGUAAGGUUUGCUAAUAACAUCUACGGUGGGAUGCAGUUUGUGGACUGGGCAAGACUGAGCGGUUGUCAGUGA